CCGAAAUAUUUGAGAUCUCGGCUUUUCUGAAGUUUGCUGUCAAAAAUUAAGAAACUUGUUAAAAACUGCAUUUUCUUGAUGGAGGAACGUUUCUGAGCGCUCAGCUUAGUAAAAUAUAAACUAAGUAAAAGAAACUCAUAUAAGCUGAACUUUUCUUAAAAACAAGCAAAAUACAUUAAGUUGUAUAAUAUUAAAACAUGGCCGAAUACUUGGCAUCUAUUUUUGGAACUGAAAAGGACAAGGUUAAUUGUUCGUUUUACUUCAAAAUAGGAGCAUGCCGGCAUGGAGAUAGAUGCUCUCGUAUCCAUAACAAACCAACUUUCUCCCAAACCGUGGUCCUACAAAACUUGUACGUAAAUCCACAGAACUCUGCAAAAUCUGCUGACGGCAGUCAUUUGGUUGCCAAUGUAUCUGACGAAGAAAUGCAAGAGCAUUAUGACAAUUUCUUCGAAGACGUAUUCGUUGAAUGCGAAGACAAAUACGGCGAGAUCGAAGAGCUGAAUGUUUGCGACAAUCUAGGUGAUCACCUUGUCGGCAAUGUAUAUAUAAAAUUCCGAAAUGAAGUGGAUGCAGAAAAGGCAGCCACUGAUCUCAACAAUCGUUGGUUUGGUGGACGACCGGUGUACUCUGAGUUAUCACCUGUUACCGACUUCCGAGAAGCCUGCUGUCGGCAAUACGAGAUGGGUGAAUGCACUCGAUCAGGUUUCUGCAACUUUAUGCACCUCAAACCGAUUUCAAGGGAACUUAGAAGAUAUCUGUAUUCACGACGUCGAGGACGAUCAUCUCGCUCGAAAUCACGCUCACCAAGAAGACGUCGCUCCAAGUCACGUGAGCGUCGUCGAUCUCGCAGCCGAGAUGUAAACAAUCGAGCCGAUGGACGGAAAGGUCGUUACUGAAACUUGAUUAUUGUUCUUUUAAUUUUUAACAACCUAACUGGCAAAAGGCUAAAAAUAAACUACCGAAUUAUACCAUGUAUCCCAUUUACAAAAUUCUCCAAGUUUUGCGUUUCAAAUAAAAUUAUACACAUAUUUUUUUCCAAUCGAAAA